UGGAACUUGGAACCUUGAGGAUCAGUGAAUCGUCAUUAGUCAUUAUGGUCAUUGUUCACUGACGGAGCUAUACCCUUUUUCCGUGAUUUAGCGGAGGAUUUUGCAUUUAAAUAUUUGUUUUCGAUAUCGUUUUUCUCACUAGUGGCUUCGUUUCCUUUAUAACCGUGUGAUUCUCGUUGUGUAACCAGAAACUACAUACCGAUUGUGGGAGAGUGUUUACUUUUAGAUUGUUUGGUCUUAUCAGUAUAAAAAACGUAAGCAGCGUAUAUUUUGGUGUAGCGAAAACGCGAGAACCGCCAACAACUAGCCUCAAGAUGAUUCCCAAUAAAAAGGACUGAUAGUUACUUUACGGCAGCUUUUGCUGAAGGAUCGUUAGUUUGUUUUGUGAAGUAACCGGAGUGUUCCGGUAUACACUAAUCGUGAGCGGUUUUAUCAAGUAAAGCAAGCACAGACCACUACUGGACAUUUGCAGUUCUCCCCGAUUCAUGGCUAGUUCUAUGAACAACAAGACACGUUUUCGUCGUAGACUGGCUGCGAUUUCCUUUUUGUCCAAUAUUUCACUGGACGGUACCCAUCGUGACACAAAACUAGGUCCGCUUCACGGUUCUGGAGCAGGUGCUGUUGCUUUGCUUACAAGUGCUGAUAACAACAAUGUCGGAGGAAUACGAGCAACGGCUAACUUCGAUGAUUCGUCCGAGGACAACAUCGAUACUCCUGGGACGGGUAUGGGUGUGGAACAAUCGCACAAUUUCGAACAAUUCGAAUCCAACUUGAAUGGAACAGCAGGCCCAUCUGGGGCAAUGAGAAGAAUCCGUGCCCGAACUGGCACAUUUGGUAAAAGUCCUGACAGGAAUGCAGUCCAUCGAAUCGACAGCGAAGGAAACGUUAUCUACGCUAAGAUUGCCUCGACACCGCUGAAGGAUAGAGAAAAUGUGAGCCCCAAUGAUGGGCUGCAUUAUCACUAUACGGCGGACAAAAGAGCACGGGCAAAUUCUACGUCGCUUCGCGCUAGCACCGCCGGAAUUAAACGUUCAUUAAUCUUGAAUGCAAGCGGCAACGAUGAAAAACGAACGACAGGCGAUUUGCCAAACAAUAGUAGCACAGAAAGUCUCAUACAAGGAAGACAACGCAACGUUAUUAUCAACGAACCAGUGGUACGAGAAAUCAAAUUUAUUCCGGCAGAGAAUUUGCGAAAGCAUAAUUUUCGCGACGAUCGAGUUGUUUUGGUAUCGAAGCGCGCUCCUUGUUUUCUGUUUUCGGUGCUGCCUCAUUACAAAAAUAAAUCAUCUCGUAUGGAGGCCCGUCGGGAAGGUAGGCGACGUAACCCAUCCGGCACAAGACCAUUGUCUUCAAUAAACGAUUCCCCAUUCGAUGCUUUCCAUCUACUUGGCAUCGAAAGAGGCGGAGAGCCUGGACAAGAAAUAUCCUAUGGGUAUCUUUUGAUUCCUUCUCGACAAUAUCAGCGAGAGAAGAAACAUGAAAAGGCUUCACGUAGCGCAUUUGAAAUCACAAAUUUUGCGUCAUUGGAAAACCAUGCUGCGGCCCGCUACUAUACAUAUGACUCAAGCAAUCGCAACACCACAGCAAGUCCUUCACAAAAUACUGGCCAGGAAAAAGGAGAUCUUGACGAGGGUUUCACAACAGUUUCGGGGAUCCAGUACUCGCCAAACAUAUUGGACGAUCCGGAACUAAUUGCCGGCAAGCAUCGUACGCUGUUAACUUUCACCUCAUACAUGACUUCAGUGAUAGAUUACGUACGCCCGUCUGAUCUCAAAAAGGAACUUAACGAUAAAUUCCGCGAGAAGUUCCCUCACAUACAAUUGACUUUGAGCAAACUGCGUAGCAUCAAACGUGAAAUGAAACGCAUAAAUAAACUUGACUCGCGGAUCGACUUUCUAACCAUCUCGCAGGCAUAUGUCUAUUUCGAAAAAUUGAUUUUAUCCAAUCUAAUAAACAAGGAAAACCGCAAGCUGUGUGCAGGAGCCUGUCUACUGCUAAGUGCCAAACUGAACGACGUCAAGGGAGAAGUUUUGAAGAGUCUGAUAGAAAAAACUGAAAGUCUGUUUCGUGUCAAUCGCAAGGAAUUAAUUGCAUCCGAGUUUGCUGUGUUGGUUGCACUCGAAUUCAGUCUACAUGUUCCAACUAGUGAGAUCCACCCACAUUACCAACGUUUGCUGUACGAGUCCUAAAAUCAUCAUAAGUUAUUAUAUGAAAUCACUUUGUUUCUUUACUUUUCAAUGUACCCUUUCAUGUGUCAAGUUAUUGGCAAUAAACUAUAGGUAAUCGAUACCCAAAUAAGUCCUCACACGCAAGCAUAAAACAUACUUAUCCUACCCACUGUGAAAAUAGUAGAUUUCGAUACAUGAAUACAUGCUACGUAUGAAAGUUUAACGGCGGUAAAGUUUAUUUUUUUCUAAUUUGUUCUUCUAUAUAAUACAUCAAAUA